AUGUUUUGAUUUCAGUUUGAAUACAAAGUAGUUGGAAUAAUAAUUAGAUAAUAAUUGAAAAGAAAAGUUAGAAAAUGAAAAAAUGAGUAUAAGAAUAGAUAGAAUGAAGAAAAGUAUGUAAAGUGAUGAGAAAAAAAGAUAUUCUGGUUAAUUUGAAUCUUUGAUGUGAAAAAUCAUUGAUACUAUUUCACUCAGGAAUUCAAAACAAAAGUCUAGGUCUUUUUAUGAUGAAAGUACUAAAUUUCAUCUUGAACUUUCCAGCUAUGUAUUUAACUGGACGUCUGGGAUGUUACAUAUAUUUGCAGUUAAAUAUCAAAUGAAUAUUAGUCGGGCUUAUAGAAACCAAUAUCAGAUUGAUUUACCGUUGCCUCCGAAGAUUGACCAUACUGUCACUAUGGUGCAAGUGGAAGAAAAACCCGAUGUAACUUAUAGUGAUGUUGGUGAUUGUAAAGAACAAAUUGAGAAACUCAUUAUCGUUGAGACAUCUUUAUUACAUCCGGAAAGAUUUGUAAAAUUAGGAAUAGAGCCUCCAAAAGGAGUUUUAUUGUUUGGUCCACCUGGAACUGGUAAAACUUUAUGUGCACUGGCUGUUGCAAUUCGUACUGACGCCUGUUUCAUAAGAGUAAUUGGGUCUGAAUUGGUUCAAAAAUAUGUGGGAGAGCAAAAUUUUUAACAUCAAGGUUGCUGAAUCAAUCUAGAAAUAAAACUUUUAGCGCUAACGCCCUGUAUAUUCGAAACUGGGAAAAGGACAUUUCAAAGAUCUUCGAUGUAGAUCAAGCUCAUGAGCGGUCAAGAAUCGAUCACGGUCAAAUACAACAAGAACACGUUUCACGUAGAAGUAUGGGAGCUGGAGUUGGCUCGCAAAAGAUAAAUUGUUUUGUUCUUGAAAUGAACCAAAAUUCAUCAAUUUUUUGAUCAAAUGAAUUUAGAUCAUUCACGUUUGAAUAAAGGCUUUCAUCUGAACGAAAUCAACAUUCAAAAGAGUGAAAUGGAACGAUUGUUAAGACUUAGUUUCCAUUAAUCCACUUGCUUGCUUUGAUGUUGGCGAUCGAUCGUCUGACCUAGUUAAGGUUAAGCGUUCAUACCCAGCCUCUUUACUAUAAGGGGUGUAAGUUGUAAGAAUUCCGGUUCUGCUGUUCUGGCAUGGACGCCAUCUUGCCAGUUCUGGAUACCUGCUCCAGUACACCUAAAUCUUCUCUCUCUCUCUCUCUCGCUUUCGUGUGCGUUUUUGUUUACCAUCAUUUUUUUGAUUGAGAUUAGUCGUCACCAAUAAUCAAAUUUGGAUCAUCUUUAAUUAUUGCCGUAAAAGUAAAAGUAAAAGCCCCAUCGACCGGAGGUGUUAAAAGACUUUUUAUUUACCGGGUCUUUUUAUCUCAAUGGCUCGUGAAACAGUUAAAAAGUGGGAUGUUUUUGUUGAAUCGCCCCCACCAGAUGACGAUGAAACUUCAAGCUCCGAAUGGAUUGAUGUGAUACUCAAAAUAUUAAAAUUAUGUGCCUAUGUGAUUACUUUCAUAGUUGUUCUUGCUUGUUCUGUCCUAUCCAAAGGAUUAGUCUUAUUUAUGACCUCAAUCAUCAAACCAAAUCGAACGGGAUUAAUCAUUUGCAGCCAUGGAAUACCAAGUUUGGAUCGAGAUAAAAAAUAUGAAGUAGUGCUUAAUUUGUCCGAUCCAGAAAGGGUCGCUUGGAUCUGGGCUUUAAUAGGAGUUCUUAUAGUUCCAGAGUUAAUGACACUUUUUCGAGCUGCCAGAAUAUGUACCUUUAAAUCAAUUAGAAGACCAAGCAAAGCCGUUUUUUCAUUAAUUUUUAUUGUUGAAACAUUACAUACCAUUGGAAUUGUAAUGCUUGUUUUCCUGAUACUGCCAUCAUUAGAUGUUACCAAAGGUGUUAUUUUAACAAAUUGUUUCUGUUUCAUUCCUGGUUGUUUGAGCUUAUUUUCUCGUCAUUCUGGUGAAGCUGGACGUGGAUACAAAACUCUUCUUGAUCUUCUUUCCGUUGGAGCUCAACUUUCUGGUUUAAUACUUUGGUCCGUUGCUGAGUCAACAGACAAUCCAGUUGCAAUUUACAUUCCUAUCACUUCAUUGUUAAUUUCAAUUGGAUGGUGGGAAAACUACAUUGAUAAGAAAUCUCCUUUCCGUGCUAUCCAAAGACUGGCUCAGAUCAAAGAAGGCCUUCAAAAAUCUCGUUAUUUCAUCUAUAUUUUCAUUUCAGCAUGGAAAAUUAUACUCAUCUUCAUCGCAACAAUAAUUUUACGACUUUUAGUCGAUGGAUCAGCUUUAUAUUUAUUCACUCAAUUUAAAUCUGCCUUCACUUCUCACAAAAUACUCAUUAUACGCGACCGAUCUGAUCUUUCUAAAUCUCUAUCUGAUUCAAAUGUUGGCAUUGAAUCUGAAUGGCUUGAGAUGCCUGCAUCAACCUCAGCACCAAUCUGGAUGCUCAUCUUACAAAUUAGUGCCUCAUGGUUUUGUUAUGUUUUUGGUAAAUUUGCUUGUAAAAUUUGUAUUCAACGUAUUUCUUUUGCCUCUCCGUUGAUUCUCUCAGUUCCCGUUACUGCCAUGACUUUAGCCCAGUUUUGUGUUCUCAAUUUUGAAAACAGUUGUUCUCUUAAUCGUUUCCUUCCUCGUUAUCUAUUUUGGUCAUGUCCAAGUGCAGAUACGUUCUUUACAGAUGGUGUCUUUUACAAUCUACACGGAAUAAUUUGGGUCAUCAUGUACAUCAGUCAAUUUUGGAUUACUUUCCAUAUAUUCAACCCUAAAUGUGAACGUUUGGCGACAACUGAGAAACUGUUUGUAAAUCCUAUGUACUGUGGUUUACUAAUUGACGCAUCAAUGAUACUUAAUCGACGACGGGAUGAUAAAGAAGUAAUCAAGGCAGGAGACAUUGACAAAUCCGUGAGAGAUCCUGACAAUGUACAAGACCCAUCUCUACAUUAUGAAACGAUUUCAGAGCAUCCAGAUGACAAAAAAUCAACAGUCCAAUCGACAGAUUUCAUAACAAAAAUUUUGGUUUGUGCUACAAUGUGGCAUGAAACCUCUGAAGAAAUGAUCCAAAUGUUGAAAUCAGUUUUUAGAAUGGACUUUGAUCAAUCAGCUCGUCAUAAAGCUCAGAAAUAUCUUCGAGUUGUUGACCCAGACUAUUAUGAAUUUGAAGUUCACAUUCUUUUUGACGAUGCUUUUGAAUUGAGCGAUGACAAUGAUGAUUAUCAAGUGGUAAAUCGUUUCGUUAAACAGUUUAUCGAAGUUAUUGAUACAGCUGCAAGUAACAUUCACCAAUGUGAGAUCAGAUUAAAAUCACCAGCAAAAUAUCCAACUCCUUACGGUGGUAAACUGGAAUACGUUUUGCCCGGAGGUAAUAAAUUGCAUGUCCAUUUGAAAGAUAAAAUGAAAAUUCGUCACAGAAAACGAUGGAGUCAAGUAAUGUACAUGUACUAUCUGCUUGGACAUCGUUUGAUGGAAUUACCAAUUGAUGUUAAUCGAAAGGCUACAAUGGCUGAGAAUACCUAUAUUUUAACUUUGGAUGGAGACAUUAAUUUCCGUCCUGAAGCAGUGCAACUUCUUGUAGAUUUAAUGAAGAAAAAUAAGAAUCUUGGAGCUGCCUGUGGACGUAUUCAUCCAGUUGGUAGCGGUCUCAUGGCUUGGUAUCAGAAAUUUGAAUAUGCUGUUGGUCAUUGGCUUCAAAAGGCGACUGAACACAUGAUUGGAUGUGUACUUUGUAGUCCAGGUUGUUUCUCACUUUUCCGUGCUAAAGCAUUGAUGGAUGAUAAUGUCAUGAGAAAGUAUACGACAAGAUCCGAUGAGGCCUUACAUUAUGUACAAUACGAUCAAGGUGAAGAUCGAUGGCUUUGUACACUUCUUUUACAACGAGGUUAUCGUGUUGAAUAUUCAGCUGCUGCUGAUGCUUAUACACAUUGUCCAGAAGGUUUUGGUGAAUUUUAUACUCAACGACGUCGAUGGGCUCCAUCCACAAUGGCUAAUAUUCUUGAUCUUCUUGGUGAUUACAAGCGAACUGUGGCAGUAAAUGAUCACAUCUCUUUACUUUAUAUUGUUUAUCAAGGAAUGUUGAUGGUUGGAACGAUUCUUGGACCAGGAACCAUUUUUCUUAUGUUGGUCGGAGCUAUGGUUGCUGUCUUUCGUAUAUCCAAUUGGGACUCGUUUCUUUUCAAUUUGAUACCAAUACUCAUAUUCAUCGUUAUCUGUUUCACAUGUAAAAAUGAUAUACAGAUUCUGGUUGCACAAAUAAUGUCCGCUUGUUAUGCACUACUCAUGAUGGCUGUCUUUGUUGGUACCGCUAUUCAAAUGGCUGAAGAUGGUGUUACUUCACCGUCUGCCGUAUUUUUCAUAGCUUUAUCUGGGUCUUUUGUAGUGGCGGCACUGCUUCAUCCACAAGAGUUUCACUGUUUAUAUCCAUGUUUACUUUAUUUCCUUUCGAUUCCAUGCAUGUACCUUCUACUUAUGAUCUAUUCUCUGGUCAACUUGAACGUUGUUACUUGGGGAACACGUGAAGUUCAGUCUAAAAAGACCAAGGCUGAGCUGGAAGAGGAAAAGAAAGCUGUUGAAGAAAUCAAAAAGGGCAACUUAUUGAGUUUCUUGAAUCUUAAUCCAAACGCUAAAGAAGAAGAAGGAUCUAUUGAAUUUAGUCUGGCAAACUUGUUCAGGUGCUCUUUCUGUACAUAUCCCAAACCAAACGACGAAAAGAUUCAUCUACUUAAAAUUGAACAACAUCUUAGUGAAAUGACUGACAAACUUGGUGCUCUUGAAAAGUAUCUUGACCCACUUGGUGGCCCCAGACGUAAAGGAUCUUCGAUUGGACGUAAUGCUAGAUUUUCAGAUAAUUUAUCUACUGUAACAGAAAAUGAAGAACAUGAAGACAUGGAUUCAAUUGGCUCAGAAUCACAAACUGAUGAUAUGUCAAUUAAGGAUAAUGAAGAAGUUGCUCCACGAUUUGAUGAAGACCAUCCAUACUGGAUUGAAGAUGAAGAUUUGAGAGAUGGUGAAAUCAAGCAGCUUGCAGAAAAUGAAAUCGCAUUUUGGAAGGAACUGAUUUCCAAAUAUCUCUAUCCAAUCGACCAAAAUAAAGAUCAUCAAGCUCGUGUAGCUGUUGAAUUGAAAGAGCUGCGAAAUAGAGUAGUUUUCUCAUUUUUCAUGUUAAAUGCUCUAUUUGUUUUGGUUGUGCUGAUACUUCAAUUGAAUAAGGACAUUCUUCAUGUAGAUUGGCCUUACGGUAUUAGAGAAAACAUUACAUUUAUACCAGAAACUAAUGAAAUCCGUAUUGAUAAGGAAUAUCUUGAAAUGGAACCAAUUGGAUUGGUCUUUGUUGGUUUCUUUGGUCUUAUUUUGCUCAUCCAAUUGAUUGGUAUGCUGUUUCAUCGAUUCGGAACUUUAUCUCACAUGUUAGCCUCAGUUAAUCUAUUCCAAAGUAAACGUGAUGACAUUUCUGGUGAAGAUGAUCUUAAACGAAAUGCUAUUGAUAUUGCUCGUCAACUCCAGAAAUUGCAAGGUUUCAAUGAUGGUGAAAGCUCGGAAGACAAUACUUAUGGAAUCGCAGCUAGAAAGACUAUCCAAAAAUUAGAGAUGCGUGGCAGACAAACAAUUAAAACCGGCACUUUGGAUGUUGCGUUCAGAGAGAAGUUUAUGGCGAUUUUGGAAGCUCAAGAAGAAGGAACUACAACUCCUGUUCUUGGUGGUAAACGAAACAGAGAAACUAUUACUGCUCUCAUAAAGCGCAGUAAAAAUAUUUUAGGAUAUGAUGAUCAUGUUGGAAUGCAGACGCUUGGAAUAAAAAAUGAGUUUGUUCGUAAUCCUGCAAGAUCAACACUAGACUCAAAACAAAGACGACCACCAAAUCCUUAUGGCACUAAUGGUAUGGUAAAUCAAGCUUUUGAUGGUUUAUCUUCAGACGAAGAAUUAGAGCCUCCCGAAGUACCUAUGUCCACUUACAGGGGAAUUAAUCGAAAAAAUUUGAAUGGGAACUCAAGUCAACAAUUAUAAUAAAUUAAAUCGUUAAAUUUUAACUUUCCUUGAAUAACAUUGCCAUAUUUAUAGUCGAGAGCGUCAACAUCUUCAAAGAGACAUCGACUUUUCACCUAAAAAUAACGCAACGCUUUUUUUUAUGAAAAAUACAAAUUUUAAACUCUUUAUGUAAAUUUUACGUUUAUGUCAAAAUUUUAACUUAACAAUAAAGAUGCUUGUUAUACAAGCAUAUCUACUUAA